UUUCUCAUCUUCGUCUUUCUCCUUUCAUCGCCUCCCUAGGGUUAGACUGUGCAAAAAUAACUGAGCAAUGCUUGCUAGAUGUGGCAUUGACAAAUUUAUGAGUCUCUAACUAUUGUCGACGAAGCAAUUCGAAUCAAACACGUGCUCCAUUUUUAUUUUGUACAGUAUAUUCGCCCUUUACAUCUCUCUCUCUCUCUCUCCACAGCAGAAAUCCUAGUGCCCGUGCAGUGUCUGAGAGCCUCAAUCGAUGGAUAUGGAGGAGGAGAUCCGAGCACUGCAGCUUGAUUCAUCAGAAGACAACGAUGCUACAGCAAGCGCAGAAGUUCUGAAGCCUGAGGAAGUUGGAAAACCUGAUAAGAUGGAAGAAGGGGUGGUUUCAGAUUGGAGGGAUGAGGACUGUGAGGUGAAUGUAAACUCUCAACCAGCGCAGGUGGAGCCAAGAGGCACCGUGGAUGUUAAAUGUCAGGAUAUCUCCGCUACCAAAGAUAUUAAAGAUGAGAAGGAGGAGGUCAAAAAGCGGCACUUGAAUGCCGUAUUUAUUGGCCACGUUGAUGCAGGGAAGUCCACUAUCGGUGGGCAGAUACUUUUCCUUAGUGGGCAGGUUGACGAUCGCACGAUUCAAAAAUAUGAGAAAGAAGCAAAGGAUAAAAAUCGAGAAAGCUGGUAUAUGGCAUAUAUUAUGGACACUAAUGAGGAGGAGAGGGUUAAGGGAAUAACAGUUGAAGUUGGAAGAGCACAUUUCGAGACAGAGACAACAAGAUUUACAAUUCUGGAUGCACCGGGUCACAAAAGUUAUGUUCCAAAUAUGAUCAGUGGGGCAUCUCAAGCAGACAUCGGUGUACUGGUUAUAUCUGCUCGAAAAGGUGAAUUUGAAACUGGAUAUGAAAAAGGUGGACAGACUCGCGAACAUGUUCAACUUGCAAAGACGUUGGGUGUGUCGAAACUGCUUGUUGUCGUAAAUAAGAUGGAUGAUCCUACUGUUAAUUGGUCAAAAGACAGGUAUGAUGAAAUUGAAUCAAAGAUGACACCAUUCCUAAAAUCAUCAGGUUACAAUGUGAAGAAAGAUGUUCAGUUUCUUCCUAUUUCUGGGCUCAUUGGUUCAAAUUUGAUAACAAGGGUGGACAAAAGAGUUUGUUCAUGGUGGAAUGGUCCAUGCCUUUUUGAAGCCCUUGAUGCUGUUGAAGUACCUCUACGUGAUCCUAAAGGUCCGUUCAGAUUGCCAAUUAUUGACAAAUUUAAGGACAUGGGCACUGUCGUCAUGGGAAAAGUCGAGUCCGGUAGUGUGUCUGAGGGCGAUAGCUUGUUAGUCAUGCCAAAUAAGGCUCAAGUGAAAGUUCUAGCGAUAUACAUUGAUGAAGAUAAAGUAAGGUGUGCUGGACCUGGUGAGAAUCUAAGGAUUAGAUUAUCUGGGAUUGAAGAAGAGGAUAUACUAUCCGGUUUUGUCUUGUGUAGUGUUGUGAGGCCAAUAGCUUCAGUAUCUGAGUUUGGUGCCCAGUUACAGAUCCUCGAGUUGCUGGACAAUGCCAUUUUUACUGCUGGCUACAAGGCUGUCUUGCACAUUCAUGCUGUUGUCGAGGAAUGCGAGAUUGUUGAGCUGAUGCAGCAGAUUGAUCCAAAGACAAAAAAACCUAUGAAGAAGAAAGUUCUCUUCGUGAAGAAUGGUGCUGUAGUUGUUUGUCGCAUCCAGGUGAAUAAUGUGAUAUGCAUUGAGAAGUUCUCUGAUUUUGCACAGCUUGGAAGAUUCACUCUUCGUACCGAAGGUAAAACAGUAGCAGUGGGAAAAGUUACUGAUGUUUCUUCCAGUCCUAGUGCUUAAACAGUUUCGGGCAAGAGUUAAAGCUGAUCCAUUGGUCAAAAGUUUCUGGAAAAAGAAAAAGGCGACACGAAGGGGUUUCACUUUGCAAAGCAUUGCCCUGCAACAAUUGCAAUCCAUUGAUCCCGUAUAUAAUAGCAUGGGAGAGCUCCUUGUGCUGUAGUUUUGCAAGUGAUUGAGCCUAUAUGAUGUCCAUGCAUCUUUGGAAACGAUUUCGUAUUUCUGAAGGGUUUGAUGAUUUGAUAACCGGGGUAAAGUACGACAAGCAAACCCCAUUUACAAAGUUUAUGUUCGUGUUUACUGGUUUUGAUAGAUGAUCUUAAAUUAAAAUAUCCAUAAUAACUUAUAUUUAAUUUCAGUUGUAUAUUGAGGCCCUACAAUUUUACAGGCAUUAGAUGUUUUGGUGAUUAUCGACUACACAAUUUUUGGUGUGUAA